UCUGAAGUGAAAGGAUAGUCCCCGAACUGUUGAAGCUUUGGGGGCUAAAAAUGCCAAGGAAAGGGUCACUAAAUCAAAAUAAAUAUGGCGGCCCCCAUGAAGAGACACGGGUUUUCAAGUUUUCUCAUGAAUCUAACACAAAUAUCAGUCUGGAAGAAGCGAAACGCCGUUUAUUGGGUGACGAUAGUGAGGAAGGACAGGUGCUCGUGCUCCAAGAUGGCGACCAAUCCGGAAAAAUUGCAAAAUCAAUCAUUGGUCAGUCGAACAUUUCCGCACUCUCCGAGUCAAAUUCUGCUCAGUUGGAAUUCAAGAGUGAUGUUGUCUCCGAUGUUGAGAGUUUGGGAGUGGAUAGUUCUGACAACGAAACUGGAUCCGAAUGGUUGAAAACUCGAUGUCGGAGUCUGGAAAAUCUUCAUUUUGAAGGUCACAAUGAUUCCAGUGACCUCAAUCAGAAAUCCAAGGAAAUGAUUGGGGAAAUAUUUGGAACUGAAAGUCUAAGUCAUGAAUCUCUCUGUGCUGAUGGACUAGCAAAUGUCACAGAUAGUAUACAAGUUUCCGGCCCAUUUCAUUCAGGGAGCUUCAGCGCCCCAACAAGUCCUGUUGCAGGAGGUAGAGCAGACCUUGGACGAUUAAGUUCACAGGAUCAAGCAUUACUCCGUGAACUCGAGCGGGGUUCCCAACUUGAUCCCGAAGAUGAAGAAAUGCUUGAAGAUAGCCGCAAAGAGCUGCAAUUAGAGUUUAAUGCGUUACCUGAUAGAAAUAACAUGCUAAUGACCCCCCAAGAACUUGAACACAUGCCUGAACGAGGUUUAGAGUUUGAGGCAUCUGUUGGACCCAAAGAUCCCCCCGAAUCUGAACUAGCCUCUGGCAUUGACUUGGAAACCUUGGUGCCAACAUUAUCAAACUUUGUCAAUUCCAAUGUACCAACAUCUGAAACUGGUGAUUCAAGACAAACUGUCGCAACUCUUUCCAUUCAGACAAAUAAAACAACAAAUGCCACUCAGAUAGUACUGAACACAAGCCAAGGAGGCCAGAUGUUUGAAAUUAACACAUCAGACCUCCAACAAGCAGCUUCAGCCUUUCAGCCCAUCACAGUGCAGAACAAUGAAACCAAUGAAAGUGACGGUUAUAUUCUCAUCCCGGUGCAACAGGGCAGCGACAGCAGUACUAACACUCAAGGCAAUAUACUUGUGCCUGUCUACAACAAUGCCAAUAAAUCAGCCACAGAGAAACCAGUGAGUCCAGAGUCAGAAUGUCAAGAGACUCAAGGAAAAGAGGUGUAUUUUCACCAACAAGAAGAUGCAGAGGAUGAAGAAGAAGACAGUGGAGUGCUAUGGCCAUGUAACAUGCCUGGCUGUGAAGGAGUCUUCAAAACUAUUAAUAAACUUAAGGUGCAUUUAUUGGGCCAUGGUAAAACCUACACUCCACCCAAGACUUUUGUAUCCCAGCAGUCCCAAUCCCAUAGUGAGUCAGAUUCAGAAGGUGAAGUGAUGACCCCUGGGAAAGGACUCCCUUGUCCAUGGAAGGGUUGUGGAAGACGCUAUAAUAAACAGUCAACGCUAAAAAUCCAUGAAAUGUGGCAUACUGGCUCUAGACCUUUUAAAUGCCAUCUAUGUGACUGGGCUUUCACUACAGGUUACAAGCUGAAGAGACACAUUGAGACUCACACUGGGGCAAAACAAUGGAUUUGCAACAUAGACAACUGCAUGCGGAAGUUCACGACAGUCUACAACCUGAACGCCCAUAAGAAGCUCCAUGAGAGGCCACAGUGUGAAGUGUGCACGUUUGAAGGAUGCGGCCAAAGAUUCUCCACUAAGCGUAGCCUACACUUACAUUAUGAUAAGGACCAUCAACAAGAGAAAACAUACAAAUGUCCAGUUGAAGGUUGCAACAAAACAUUUAUAUCCAAGUUUGUCAUGGGCUCCCAUGCACGUGUGCAUAACUUGAACAGGGACCUGAAAUGUAAAUUCGAGGGAUGUGGCAAGGUGUUUGAUAAACUAUGUAGACUGAAACAGCACCAAAGAAUGCACACAGGGGAGAAGCCUUAUGUCUGUGAAGAACCGGGCUGUGAUUGGGCCUUCACAACUACAAGCAAGCUUAAGAGACAUGCCAAAUCGCAUACCAAAGAGCGCAAUUGGAUAUGCCCUGAGGAAGGAUGUGGGAAAGCGUUUAUUCGUAGUGAACAUUUGAAAGGUCACAUGGUUACACACAGUGGAGAGAGGCCUUAUAUGUGUCCUAUUGAAGGAUGUAACCAUAGAUUCACAGCUAAGAGCAGUCUAUACGUCCAUGUAAAAAAACAUAAUGUGAGAGCAGAGAACCUGCCAAUCAUAUUCUACUGUCCACUGGAGGGAUGUACCAAGAGAUAUCAAACUAAAAGCAGCCUUAGGGCUCAUCUAUUACGCCAUUACAGCACAUCAGCAGCAAAUGGGGACUUUGAAAGUUUGAAUAUUCCCCAAAUAGAUGAGUUAACAGAGAUAGAGAAAAUAGUUUCCGCAGCGACAGAGGCUGAUGUUACAAUGUCACAGAGCAAUGCCGAAGUUAUAUCGGCUGUCACCACUCUUCCCACUGUAGGACCUACAGUAUUCCCUGAAGGAACGGUCAUCAACCAGGAGGGGAGGGUCAUCAAUUCCAUUGAUCUCAUCACGUGUGCCCAGCUCUCCAGCACAAUCACCAGUGAUCACAUGACCACUGACCAGCCAACCAUGGCAACAUCUGAACAUGUCGGCACUAACGUCGUCACGCAACUCAUCAAGCCUAAUACUGCAGUCAUCACAUUGGCCGGUACUGAUUGUGCCAGCAAUGUCAUUUCGCUGGCGUCCAAUCAGGCACAAGCUGUCCAAACUCAACAUGUACCCCUCACCCCUAGCCUCCAGGUUAUCCCCCUCACCACCCAAGCCCCACCCCAGCAGGUUCAAGAGGUGGCACCCAGGGGCUCUGCAAGGACUGAUUACCAUAGUAACACUAAACUUAGUGACCGUGCUAAGAAGAGGAGGCAAUUAAUCAAAGAAAGACUCUUACAGAUGGAAAAUUAUCAAGAUUCAGCUGACAGCCCAAAUGUUGAUGACGUACUCUCAAGGACUAAUGCCCCAAGUCUUAAUGCAAAUGAGGUCCUCACAUCACGUGCAAUAACUUUCCGCGACCCAGAGACUGGCGCCACCUAUGUACAGACGCAACUCUUACAGGAUGAUCCACCUAACCCAGAGGUGUACUCUCGUGACGCAGAUGCAGCAUAUGCAACAGCUGGGGAGGUAGCUGUUACUCUUCUGCCUUCAACAGACACAGAUAGCCUCGCUCUCACAGUGUUGCCAAGCAACAUACGAGACCAGGAUGUAGAUGCUGCCAAAGUGCAAUUCACUGGAACAACAAUAAAUCUGCAAGAUUUGGAAUAAAAUUGCUUAUGGAAUAAUUGUCAGUCAUGAUAAUUCCCCACUGUUGAACUCUUCAUACCUGCAGUUUAGUUAAGAGCUGGAGUACAGGGUUCUGUGAAUAUAAUUAGUUUAAGACUUCAUACUUUGAUGUGUUGGACUAUAAGUGUGAGCUCUUAACUAAAAUGAUUAUUAGAAAAGAGCAAUUAUGUAUUUUCAUGCAUUGAUCCAUGAUGCAUUAUAGUGAACAAUUUUGGAAAAUCAGACAAAAGAUGAAACGGAUUCUCUGACAAUUGCAAAUAGUGUAUUGUGCUUCAAAUGCACUGUGUCAAGUUGUCGACUACAGUCAAAGCUGUAAAGAGAAAUGACACUUAAUCCAGGGACUAUGUGACUGAUAAAUUCAAAGUUGGAAUUUAACUUACUAAACUCUGCAAGGUUUUCAGUAUAGCUUGGCGGCAAAUUAUGCCAUUUUUUUCGCCUACUUACGAUAUCAAAGAGGUUAUAUGUCUCAAAUACUAGUACAAUGCAGUUACAUGGUUCAGUGCAUUAAUUUUAGGAUGAUCACUCAUUUGAAAACAAAUCAUGGAUCCAAAGAAUUCAAAGUUGAAUUAGUUCCACGCUCUGUUGAAUGCAUUGAAUAUUUAUGGAGAAAAAUUGAAAUGUAACUUAACCUAAAAACUGCUUGUAAUGGACCAUGCCUUUUUGUCAUUUGAAGGAAAAUUAUGGCAAGAACUUAGAUAAGUCUCACGAUAUUUGUUUAUUUGCAGUAAAAGUCAUUUCUAUUUGAAAUCAGAAAUGAAAACGAAAUAAAUUAAUUUUAUAAACUACUGAAGUAUUUUAUUUUUCAAUUUAUAUAUCAAAAAGAGUUUUAAAGAUAAGUAAAAUAUCUAAAAAAUCUGCUACUGGAGCAGACUGAGACAGUGCAGAGAAAGUUGAUGUGGAU